AUGGCUUCCUCCGCGCCGUCUACAAACCGUUCAGGAAGACCCCGCAAAGCAUCCACCGCCGCCUCACAUCCCCAUCCCUCAGAAACACCCACCCCCUCAGCAGCAGGAGGUGGCGCAACCAGCAUGCCACCUCCAAGCCAUACCAGCAAUGGGCCCAUGUCCGUCAGCGAUUGCGAGUUUCUCGCGUCCCAGCUGCUUGAGCCGUCCUUUCCGACGCGCAAGAAGCUCGAGAUUGCUCUCGAGUUGAGGGAUUCGGCAGAGAACAACAGGGACUUUGGAUUCUAUGACAAGUACCUGUCUGUCUUUGUCCCCGCCUUGAUCAGUAUAUUGGGCGACGAAAAGUCAAUCACGUUUGUUAAAGACAAUGUUGAACAGCGAUUCCGACACACCCUUUUCGCAUUUCUCCAGCGUUUGCCCCACACGGAACCAUUCCGCCAUCACAUGAGUUCGGUCAUGGAACUGUGUGUCAAGCUACUCAAAAUCGAAAAUGAAGAGAACGCUUUGCUCUGUAUCAAAAUCAUGAUUGACGGGCUCAGGAGCAACAAGGACCAGAUGGAGCCUUAUACCGAGCCCUUCCUUGAUCUGGUCAAGCAAAUGUAUGCCAACAUCAAGGCUGUAGUCGAGAAGGAAUUCGGUACCUCGGGCAGCGGACCCAAGGCCUCGGCUGCCCAGGGCGAAGCGGCCGCCAACGGGCAAUCCCACACCACCCUCCCCCACGCUCUCCACUCCCCCAAGGUACUCACCGAAUGCCCCAUCGCUGUCGUCCUCAUCUUCCAGACCUACAAAUCCAUCAUGCAGACAGCGAUGCUCGACUUUUAUCCCCUCGUCAUCGACAGCAUCAAAAUACAGCCCGAGCCUCAAAGGCUGGCUCAUCAGGAGGCUAGCGAGAAGGGAGAGAUCUUUGUGGGUGUCGCGAGUGGAAUCACAAACAGAGAGAUGUUUGCAGAGCUGGUCAAGGCGCAGGUUAAGACGAUGGCCUUUCUGGCGUACGUUCUUAGAGGCAAUCAGGGGAACAACAGAGACUAUGUCAAUGUCUUCCCUGAGGCCUGUGCCAGGCUUCUGAGAGACUGCCCACCGGAGGAUGUAAUCACAAGGAAAGAGUUGUUGGUCGCUACUCGGCAUAUCCUAACGGUCGACUCUCGAUCGUCAUUCAUUCCCUACAUCGACAUUCUCCUUGAAGAAAGAGUUUUGGUCGGUACUGGUGUAUCAAGCAGGGAGAUGCUCAGACCCCUGGCGUACUCGGUAGUGGCCGAUCUCAUCCACCACGUACGAAACGAGCUUCCACUUCAACAAUUGAUCCGCGUGGUCUACGUCUUCUCCUGUAAUCUCAACGACUCUACCUUUUCCAGCUCCAUCCAGACCAUGUGCGCCAAACUCCUCAACACUAUCAUAGAUUCCAUCUACCACAAGGCCGACACGAACGAAAUGUCUAGGAUCCUGAAGGGCAUGUUCUUCACGUUCCUCGAGAAACUCUCCGCCAUGUCGGAUGCGCACGAGAGACUGAAGGGACUGUCAGUGAGAGAAAAGGAGAAGGGAAAGUUGAAGGAAAAGACAGAGGAUGAAGAUGUGGAAGUCACGAAUGCGUCAGAGGCAUCAGCGGAUAGAUUGGCUCACGGAUGGAGGGAUAUCGAGCAGGCUAUGCCGGUGCACUCUGUUGCAUACGCAAACGAAUCUGUUGAAACAUUCUGUCGAGAUUCUCGGUAUCUUUUCAAGACCAUUCUACACACCUUCCGCACCCUUCUCUCCUACACUCGGCAAGGCGACAACCCUCCACCUCAACCCGAUGGAGAAGUCCUUAGCCGCUUUUUCGAGUGCAGUCUCAAGUGUUUUGCCAUCUUUGACGGCGUCAACCGCGACCCGAGAGAGGCGAAAGAAGCUUUGGAGAUGUUGUCCGAAAUCAUCCUGCUAUUCGAGCCGCAUGUGUUUGCCGAGGUGUGGAGCAGCCACAUGGAGUUUUUCAGCGAGCUCUCAAUCUCCAACAGUCAGGUGUUCUCCUUGCUUCAAAUGGUCAUCACCCAUGAGGCAGUGUCCCACCAAUUGGUGUCGAUCCUUUUCAAAUUCUUGAUGGCCAAGUUGCCCAAGGUCGGUAGCAUGGACAAGGCGAACUCCAGUUUGACCCUCAAGAUGUUCAAAAUUGCCUUCUUGGCCAUCAACACUUAUAUCAACAGCAACGAGAGUGUCUUGGUGCCCCAUUUGCAAAAGCUCAUCAUGAGCUCGUUCGAAUCGGCGGCCAAGGCGGAAGACUCUUCGUUCUACUAUCAAAUUCUCCGAGCGUUGUUCAGGUCGAUUGGUGGUGGUCGUUUCGAGGCUCUCUACAAGGAGGUCCUUCCAAUUCUCCAAGAAAUGCUCGACCAUCUUGCCUAUCUGCUCGACCACCCUCCCGAUGAGGUUCAGUCCGACAUAUUUGUCGAGCUCAUGCUGACUGUUCCCGUCCGUCUCACCAACCUCCUCCCGCACCUGAGCUACCUCAUGAAGCCUCUUGUGCGAGCCCUCAGCGCGGGACCCGACCUGGUCAGCCAAGGGUUGAGGACUCUGGAACUGUGUAUCGACAACCUUACUGCCGACUUCCUCGACCCGACGCUCCUGCCAGUCCUCCGAGAUUUGAUGGCUGCUUUACACCAGCUGCUCAAGCCUGUACCGGCCAACCGGGAACACGCAAAUGCCGCUUUGAAGAUCCUCGGAAAGCUCGGCGGUAGGAAUAGGAGAUUCCAGGAGGUCUACGACAGCCUCGAGUACCAGCAUUUGUCUGACAAAAUUACAAUGCCCAUCACGUUUGAGGGCUCGCACCAUCAAUUAGAGUUGAUGUCUCUUGUUCAGACCGCUGGGAUGGCGAUUGAUGAUGAUGCGGAGAUGUUGAAGGAGGAUGGGUUGCAGGUGUUGAUGUACUCGGCUCUGACUGUCUUUGAAAAGGGAGCACCGGUCGCUGAAGGCAAUGCCACAUUCCUGACUACCAUGACAAGGCUAUUCAUCGCCUGCGACAAGCCAGUCGUCGGUGAAAAGGCUUCCACAUUUGUCCGCGAUGUCUGCAGGAGAGCUUUUGCCCUUGAACUUGGUAGAGCAGACCGAAAGGCAGACGGUGCCGAGCCUACUGCAAAAUCGGCUCUCGACCACACUCGUCGGCGAUUCCUGCCUCUUACAAACGCUCUGUCGGAUGCUUUCCUCGAGACCCUCGCCAAUUCCAAGACGUCAGAGCGCAAGGGACUCAGUGACCUCCUUGCUACCAUUGUCAUGGUCUUCAAGGAUCUGGCUUUGAGCCCUCGAUUCGCAUCAGUCGUUGACGGACACCGCUCUUUCGACCGUAUGGUGACUUUCUUUGCACUCCGCCUGAUUACGCUUUGUCACGAAGAGGCCUGGAAUAAAAAGAUGGCCGGUGUUGCUGCGAUCUCGACUUUUGCUCACAAGAUCGAGCUUAGCCGGAAGAACAUCAUUGACCUCGAGCUCGACUUUAUCAGAGCCUUGCUGUUCUGUCUCCGUGAUGCUCCCCAGGACGUCCCAAGGACAGCAGAUGAUGUUGUUGAGCUCAUCAAGCACCUCAUCCGUACCUGUCAAUCUCAAGAAGACGGCAAACCUCGACUUGCAAGAAUCACAGACACUCUGGUCGGGGAGCUCUACAGUCAGAGUGAGCUCGCUCGGGACGCUGCGCAUCAGUGUAUCGAGGUCCUUGCCGAGGUGACUUCGCAGUCAGUACCCGACCUCAUCACCAACAUUGCAAAGGCAAAGCUGCUGAGCGUCGAACAUGGCCCUAUCUACUCCAAACCCCUCCGAGCCUUGCCGUUCGCGAUGCAGGUUGGCAAUAUCAGUGCGGUGACGUAUCUGAUGAACUUGCGGCCUUCGGCUGUGGAGGCAACCUCUGAGGAGUUUGUGCGGUUACUGCACGAAGUCUUGGCUCUGGCGGAUAUCGAUGAUGCCAAUAUCAUAACCAAGCCAGCGACUCACAAACAAGAGUCGUGGCUCAAAGCUUUGCGUAUAUGCUGCCUUAGGUUGCUGAAGUCAUCUAUGGCUACUCCAGACUUUAUGAAUAAGCCAAACCAGGGACAGCUGCGCGCGAGAAUCAUCCAAGUGUAUUUCAAGCACGUCUACUCGCAAAACCCCGAGAUCGUUGCAGUCGCGCACGAAGGCCUUCGAGACGUACUGCAACAAGAGAACCGACUUUCGCGCGAUGUGCUUCAAAAGGGCUUGCGGCCUAUCUUGGUCAACCUUGCCGAUGCCAAGCGCUUGAGCGUAUCGGGCCUCGAUGGUCUCGCUCGUUUCCUUGAAUUGUUGACAAACUACUUCAAGGUCGAGAUCGGAGUCAAACUUCUAGACCAUUUCAAGACCCUCGGAGAUCAUCAGAUGCUCUCCAAAGCGGCCUUUGCUCCACUUGAAGACAAUCACAACAUUGCGCGCAUGUCUCGCUUGGUCAACAUCUUCCGACUUCUACCUGCCAGUGCCAUACAAUACUUGAACGAUCUCGUCGCCAAUGUUGUCGAGGUAGAAACCAUCUUGCACCAAUCGCAGCCUGGUCCCUUCACCGAGUAUCUCGGUCGAUAUCUGGACAGAUAUCAUGCGAAUGCUGUCCAGAACUUGUUCGACAACGUUCGCAACCCUCGUUAUGUGUGGACAUAUCGUAACAUCAUAACUUCAGGCGAAGCUCCUCAUCUGGUGGAGGAAUUGGCGAAUCGUGCAGAGAAUCUUUGUCAACUUUGCUUUGGUGACACGGAAGCUAUAGACCUGGUACUCCCAGGUCUUCUUCUGGUCAGAGACCUGUCGCGAGUGCAAUCGAGCUGGCUGUCGGACGCGGAGCCCGUCCUGGAGCCGAUGGUCGGCGUCUGGCGUAUGAUCGUCAGCAAGUCCCGUGAUUCCAAGGCAGACACCACCAGCUACCACUUCCAGCAAAUGCCUUCGCUUCUCCUCGAAAUGUUCAUGAGCAGCCUCGAGCAGCAACAGCACAUCCCUCUUCUCUUCCACGUCGUCGAAGCGUACGAAGUCCGUGCGGCCUUCGAAAGGUCCCACGUGACAUUCUUCCUCUACCAACAAGUCGCUCUGCAAGAGUCGGUCGACUACCGCCGAGAAGUCAUCGAGUACUUCUUCAACUUGUAUGAGUCUGAAGACGUUCCAUGGGCAUACAAAACGAACGCUUUGAGAGUGAUCGUCAACCCGACUCUUCGCGUCCACUUUGCCGACCCGAACCACGACCAAUCGUUGAUCUCUCCUCAAUUGGUACAAAAGAUUGCAAGUCUGAUGUGGCGCCCUCUCGCUGUGAUUACAUCAUCCAAACAGAGGGAGGACACUCAUCUAAUCGAGGUCUUUGCGUUGACCACUCUUCUGGUUCAGCACUGCAGUUCCAAAGUGAACGAGGCAAGAAAGGAGAUCUUUAAACUGGCAUGGAUGGGCAUCAAUCUGUUGGAGCCGACGGUGAAGCUCAUGGCGUAUGUACUGGCGGCAAGGUUCAUGGCGACAUACGACACCCCUGUCAAAUUCGUGCGUCUCACGUGGACAGGUGUUCUGCGCCUCAAAGACACCGACAAUCGUGUCCUCUACCGCCAGGCCAUAGACACGCUAGCUUCGUCCCUCUCAAUGAGAGACCCGCCCCCAGCUAGUGGUGCACCAGAGUGGGCAAAGCUGCUGCGUACCGUUCUCAUCGAGGAGGGUCACGCCACCAACCAGUUGGUGACCGUCUGCGAAUUGUUAGUUCACCAUCCCGACCUGUUCUUCGACUACAGAGAGCUGUAUGUUCCCCACAUCGCCAACUCCCUCGGCAAGCUAGCGUUCGCCCAAGCAGCUACACCUGAGCUGAAAAAAUUGACCGUCGACAUCGUGGAGUUGAUAUUCAAUUGGGAGAAGCGUCGAAUGGCUGCGAAGGAAAGUGAUGCAGCCGAAGGCGAAGAAGGAUCCAAGCGCGGCGCCGAUCCUUCGUCGGAUCAAGGCACGUCCAAGAAAUUGAGGAUAGAUAGAGCAGGAACGGCCAUCUCUGUCAGUAGUGGUGGAGGGUGGGCAGCGCCGAGUCAAGUCAGAGAACUCAUGACAGCGCAUCUCCUUCGACUAGUAUCGACUUCCGCGGAUCCCGUCACUCGAAAUGGAUUGACAAAGAGAGCUUUGAUGUUGUUCAAGGAGAUAUUGGGACCAAAAGGGCUUCCCAACGUGCACGUGAAACUUGGAUUCUUCCACAGGACGAUGAUCCAGGCAAGUUACUCUGAAAUCAACGCGACUACGAGACCGCUUGUCGCCAAUUCAACAGAAGUCAUCGCUGCUGUAGCCGCUGCUGUCAAAGACACGCAAUGGGUCAAGGCCAACCUCAGUCUACUGUCAAAACUCCUAGAGAAAGUCUGGGUUUCUCACGAAGUGGACCUGCACGAAGUGGUCACUUCAUUGACGGAAGAUCUAUUUGCUGAGAUGCCUGCGGAUGAGACAGUCGAGGCUGAGCCGGACGCGAAAGCCUUGUUGACAUUCGUACAGAAUGCCGUCAAUGACGGCUUGGCUGCCAGUCUUCGCUCAACUCUGUCUCUACCCGGAUCCCUGUUCCUGCUUCGCACCUGGCUGAAAACCCACCCAAAGAUACUCCAGUCCGAGGGCAUCAGCAUCGCACUUUUGAAGGUGCUAGGCAAUACGGUCAAGCUGCACACAACUACCAAUCAAGCUGCUGGUGCCGCCAAUGAGCCUGACCUCGUUAGGCUCAUCAUAUCUGUCCUAGACAUUCUACGAGAUCGAGUCCCUGACUUGCGAGAGCACCGCAAAACCCUCUACCUGGGCGUCACCUCCUUGAUCGACAAAUCAGCGAAUCUCACUCUUUGUCGGUAUCUUCUGCAGCUCAUGCGUCACUGGAUCAUCGAAGGUCCUGAUGCGGCAGUUCAUGGCAAAGAAAAAGCGUCCAUCCUACUCCGCAUGAUGAACUUCGAGAACAAGAAUGACGUACUCUUCCAAGAGUAUCUGGACGUUGUAUACGACAUCUAUGAGCAAGACGAGCUCCGAGGUUCAGACAUCACCCAUCGCCUCGAACCCGCAUUCCUGCUGGGUACAAGGUCUCGAAAGCCCGAGCAACGUGCCAAAUUCCUUGACAAGCUGGAGAACAAUUUGCCACGAUCUCUGGAACAGAGGCUUCAGUAUUUGUGCUCCCUGCAGAACUGGGACACGCUCUCCGAUGGUUAUUGGAUCCCUCAAAUCCUGAGCCAGUUGCUUGGAAUUGUGGACGUCGACGAGGCUCUGAUACAAGUUCCUUUCACCCAAGUUCUUGAUUCCGACUCCGUGCUUGAUUUGUCAGAGACUGCCACCGUGGGGCAUAUCAUCCGCCCCGCCAGGAACCUCAUACAUAUCGACCCCAAACUUUCUCAUGACCUUUGGGUCGGGAUCUUUUCGAUGUGCUGGGAGUCUCUUAGCCGAUCUCAGCAAAUGACCUUUACUCCCUACCUUAUCAAACUUCUGUCAAAGUCUCACCUUCAGAAGCAAACCGACAUGCGCCCCAAUGUUGUCCAGACGUUCCUCGACAGUUUGGCUGCGUGUACCGUCCCUGUCACCCUCCCUCCUACUCUGAUCAGAUUCCUAGCCAAAAACUUCAACGCCUGGUAUGUUGGGUUCGAGCUCCUCACUCGCCUGACUGAUGUCUACCGCGGGGACGAUGGCUUGAGAGAGACAUGUGCUAGCUGCUUGAGUGAACUCUAUGCUGAGCUUUGCGAGGAAGACAUGUACUACGGCGUUGCCCGGAGCCGUUGCCAGUUCCCGGAAACGACAGGCGCGUUGACUUUCGAGCAAAACGGCAUGUGGCCAAAAGCCGUGGAGCUUUACGAACAGGCGCAAAUAAAGGCACGCAACAACAUGCUUCCGUUUAGCGAAGGCGAAUAUUGUCUUUGGGAAGAUCAUUGGAUUCUGUCCGCACAAAAGCUGCAGAACUGGGAAAAUUUGACCGAGCUGGCGCGGAUCGACAAUGACUCGGAUUUGUUAUUGGAGUGCGCUUGGCGAUUGUCGGAUUGGGCCUCCAGUGACCGUUUGGCCAUUGACGAAAACCUUUCGAGGGUUGUUGACCAUCCCACCCCUCGUCGCAAGACAUUCGAGGCUUUCCUAGCUCUCUUGAAGGCUCAAAACAACCGCGACCCCCCCAACGAGUUCCUACGCGUACUCGACGAGGCUCAGCAAAUCACUUUGCGUAAAUGGAUCAGUCUGCCUGCUCAUAUGACCAGUGCCCAUCUCCCUCUGCUCCAAAUGUGCCAACAAUGUGUGGAGUUGGGUGAGGCAGCUCGAGUGUUUGAUAGUCUACAAAUGACCAAUCAGACCAAUCUGGAGUUGCGCUGCAACAGUGACCUGAAGCCCAUCUUCCAGACGUGGCGAGAUCGUCUCCCCAACUUCUGGGAUGAUAUAAGUGUCUGGAGCGAUCUUCUGGCUUGGCGACAGCACAUCUUCCAAGCUGUCACCAAGGUAUAUCACCCACUCGUCGCGCAGCCCGACAAUGCUACGUAUGGCUACAGGGGCUUCCACGAGACCGCUUGGAUGAUCAAUCGCUUUGGAGAAGUUGCGCGACGCCACGGACUUCUCGAUGUCUGCAGCGUGUCUCUCAACAAGAUCUACAUGCUUCCCAACAUCGAGAUCUCUGAAGCAUUCCUGAAACUCCGAGAACAAGCUUUGUGUUUCUUCCAGAAACCUGAAAAAUUCAACGAAGGUUUGGAGAACAUCAGCACCACUAAUCUCAAGUUCUUUGGUCAACCCCAACGCGCAGAAUUCCUCACAUUCAAGGGGAUGUUCAUCGCCCGGUUGGGUCAGAAUGAAGAGGCCAAUGCUGAGUUCGCUCAUGCUAUCCAAACAGACUGGAACCUCCCGAAAGCUUGGGCCGAAUGGGGACGUUUCAACGACAAGCUGUACAAAGAUCGUCCAGAGGUCCCUACUACUGAUAGAUCUGUCCUUGCUUCGAGUGCUGUCUCCUGCUAUCUACAAGCUGCCGGCCUCUACAACAAUCACAAAUCUCGAGGGCUCCUGCUGAGGGUGUUGUGGUUGCUCGGUCUUGAUGAUAGCCACAGCACGAUUUCCAAGGCGUUCGAGAACUACAAAGGAGAUUUGGUCAUAUGGUACUGGAUCACUCUCAUCCCUCAGUUGAUCAUGUCUCUGUCUCAUCGAGAGGCUACGCACGCAAGGUUGAUAUUGAUUCGCAUUGCCAAGGCCUUCCCUCAGGCACUAUUCUUCCCUUUGCGAGUUUCACGAGAGGAUUUCGUCACCGUCAAAAAGCAACAGCAGCUCCAUCAGAAGUACGUGGCCGCUCGGCAGGCCAAGGCCGCCACGGCAAACGCUGCCGAUGGUUCUCAGACUGCUGAGAAGGACGUCAAAGAAGAACCCGCGGCCAGCGGUGCCGAUGCAAACGGCAGUCAACCACCUGCCUCCGGGUCCAUGCCGCCUCCGUCACAGUCACAAUCCCAAGCCCCUCGACAGCCUUGGGAUCUUGUUGACGAGAUCAUGAACCUGCUCAAGACAGCUUUCCCUUUGUUGGCUCUUACGAUGGAAAAAAUGGUCGAUCAGAUUUCGGUGCGAGCAAAGCCUGCUUCCGACGAAGACAUCUAUCGAUUCUUCUCAGCGCUAUUGGCGGAUGCCAUGCAGCAAUGGGGCGCAAGGAGCGGACUUCACAAUGAUGAUGGUGAACUGAAUGCUCAAACCAAGGACAAUCUUGCCAAGUUUGCAACGAAUUUGAACGGGGAUCUGAAGGUCAUGAUCGAGAAAGACUUUAUGGCUGACAUGCCAAAGUUGCGCGAGUAUAUCAGACUCCUCCAGAGGUGGCGAGAUGUUUAUGAAGGAAAUCUCGACGACCGAUCGAAGACGUUACCUUUGGACCAAGGUGGAUGUACCCUUAUUGAGUUUAACCACUCUAAAUUCGAUGACGUGGAAAUUCCCGGGCAAUAUGUAAAGCACGUUGAUCAGAGCGAGGAGUUCAUCAAGAUCGCUCGUUUCGCCCCCAAGGCGGAGCUCGGUCGAGGACACGGAUAUUGCUUCCGCCGUAUCACCAUGAUUGGCAACAAUGGGCAAUCGUACACAUUCCAUGUGCAGAUGCCUGCGGCCCGACACUGUCGCCGAGAGGAGCGUUUGACCCAGUUGUUCCGAAUCAUGAACAGUGUCUUGUGGAAACGAAAAGAAUCUCGUCGUCGAGGUCUUCAAAUCCAUCUUCCCACUGCCACUCCCCUUGCCCCUCAACUGCGACUCGUGCAAUCCGACUCCUCCUACGUCAGCAUGCAGGAGAUAUUCGAGGAUUAUGCGGCAUCGAAGAAGAUGGCCAGAGAGGAAACGGUAUUGACCUAUUACGAUAGGCUCAAGGAGCUUCACGAUCCUUCCAUUCCCAGAAACGACCACAGGUAUAUCCAGCUCAGAGCCGAAUUGAUGGAGGAGAUUCGAGUAAAAAUGGUACCAGAGACGAUCAUCACAAAUUACAUGAUGAAAUCCAUGAAUGGCCCCGAUAAUCUUUGGCUUAUGCGAAAGCAAUUCGCUGCUCAGACCGCAGCCACAAUGUUCCUUACAUACGUGUGCUGCCUGAGCAAUAGAACGCCAUCUCGCUUCUAUGUCAGCCGCAAGACUGGUUUGAUGUACAUGUCGGAGAUCUUGCCUGCCUUUGCCCCUGGACAACCGCUCAUCAGCUCUUCGGAGAGCGUACCAUUCCGACUCACGCCCAACAUGCAAAACUUUGUGACCCGUGCUGGUGUCGAAGGUAUCAUCACGGGAACCUGUACUGCGAUGGCGAGAUGCCUCACUUCGCCGGAGUUCGAUCUAUCUGGCACUCUCUGUCUGUUCAUCAGAGACGAGCUUCUGAUCUGGCACAACACCUAUUUGAAGGACUCUCGUCUCGACAAGCCCUUGCUUGGUCACGUGUACAGGAAUGUAGACUCUUUCAUUCGAAGAGUUAGCACCAUGGGUUAUAUCGGCGAGAAUCGUGAUAGAUCUACGAGCGCACCCCCUGUGGUACAUGCCAUCGUGUCUCUUAUAUCUCAAGCCACGUCAGCAAUUAACCUUGCUCAAAUGGGAGAGAUAUAUAUGCCGUGGUAUUAA